GAGACCCUUAUUGGAAAUUACCGAAUGCUAAAGACCCUUGGAAAGGGUAAUUUUGCCAAAGUGAAGCUAGCCCGGCACAUCCUCACUGGGAAGGAGGUAGCCGUGAAGAUAAUUGAGAAGAAUGAACAGAACUCCUCCGGCCUCCAGAAACUAUCCCGUGAGGUCGCCAUAAUGAAGGGUUUAAAUCAUCCAAACAUAGUGCAAUUAUAUGAAGUCAUGGAGACUGAGAAAGCACUCUGCAUCGUCAUGGAGUAUGCAAGUGGAGGGGAGCUGUUUGAACACCUAGUGGUUCAUGGCAGUAUGACAGAGAAAGAGGCCCGAGACAAAUUCCGUCAGAUAGUGUCUGCUGUGCAGUACUGUCACCAGAAGUAUGUUGUGCAUAGGGAUUUAAAGUUAGAAAACCUCCUCUUGGAUGCUGACAUGAACAUAAAGAUUUCAGACUUUGGCUUCAGCAAUGAAUUAAGGUUUGGUGAGAAGCUGCACACAUUCUGUGGUAGUCCUCCUUAUGCUGCCCCAGAACUCUUCCAAGGCCAAGAAUACGAUGGGCAAGCAGUGGAUGUGUGGAGCCUGGGAGUCAUCUUGUACACGAUGGUCACAGGAUCCCUGCCUUUUGUUGGAGAGGACUUGAAGGAGCUCAGGGAGCGAGUACUGAGAGGAGAAUAUAACAUCCCCUUCCACGUGUCUAUGGAGUGUGAAAACCUGCUGAGGAAAUGCCUUGUUCUCAAUUCCAGCAAGAGGGGUACAUUAGAACAUAUUAUGAGAGACUUGUGGAUGAACAUUGGCCAUGAACAUAAACUUGGGCCUUAUGAAGAGCCACUCCCUGACUACACGGAUCUCCGACGGACUGACUUGAUGAUCUCCAUGGGAUACACUCAGGAACAGAUCCAUGACUCACUGAUAGGCCAGAAAUAUGAUGAAGUGAUGGCCACCUAUCUACUCUUGAGAGAUAAGACAUGUGACCUGGAGGGCAAUACCAGCUCCCCACAGCCGCUGCCUCUAGCUGACCAGAACAACAGCUUCAGCCUUUCCCCAUCCUACCAGGUAAAGCACAGCAUCUCUGCCAACCCCAGGCAGCGGAGUUUCAGCGAGCCUACCCUUCUUGCCUGGAGGAAGUUUGGCAGCACAGUUGACAUGGCUGCCAGCUCCCUGCCCGGCCUGGAGUGGAAGGAGACUAGCUCUGUCCCUUCUGUGAAUAGUGACCUCUCUACCAGCUCAAGCUACAACCAGGGCUGGGAAGAAGCCACUGGGAGCUGCUUCAAGUUCAUACAGAAACACUUCUGUUUCAGGUUUGCCAGAAAUAAUAUGGAUGUCCCUGAAAACAAAGAAUUAGUAGGGAUGCUCAAACCUCAGGAGGCCAAGCCACACUCACUGAAGUUUACAUGGAGAAUGAAGAAAACAAGCUCCAUGGAGCCAAAGGAGAUGAUGCGGGAGAUCUGCAAAGUUCUGGAUGCCAAUGGCUGCGAGUGGGAUCUUAACAACGACUAUGAGCUGUUUUGCAUGCAUGGCACACCAGGCCAGGAGGACUUUGUGCAGUGGAGGGUGGAAGUGUGCAGACUGCCCCACCGGUCACUUAAUGGAGUUAAAAUGAAGAGGAUAUCUGGCACCACCGGGGCCUUCGAAGCCAUUGCCUCCAAAAUAACAAAGGAGCUUAAACUUUAA